AUGACUGGGAUUAAGGGCCCUCGGGCCAAGGAUGAUAAAACAAAAAAGCGAAAGAGGGACAUAAAUGAAAGCGACAUCAGAUCGAAGAGACAUAGACAACAGAGCCGAGAAGCCAAAGUCAAUGGCGACGACGUGCGAACGCCGCCAAAAUUGAAGCAAGGAAAACCCAACAAAGAAAAUCUGGCCGUAGGACUCGGUGCUUUUCGUCAACAAGAAGUGAUUCGGCAGUCUGAUGAUGGAGAGGCUGGCUGGCGAGUCUCAAAGCCCAUGGGCGGCCGAAUGUUGGACAUUGAUCCCAUUCUUACGGAAGACGAACAAUACCUCAUCCUGACGUACAACACCUCUCUUCAAGUAUUCAACGCCAACGACUCCCUUCUUGUUCGACGUAUUCCAAUUAGCACUCUCGACACGUCAGCUUCCAAGGGCGCAACUCCUGCUCAUAUUGUGGCAACUCGUCUGUCGAAACAUAACACUCAGUUAGCCUGGGUGGCAUGCUCCGAUGGGAACAUCUACUGUGUUAAUUGGACGCAAGGCGACAUCCCGACCCCGGCGUUUCAGACAUCUUCAAGUACUGCGAAAGCCUUGGCGGUUAUACCAGCGGCCUUUACUGAACACAAAGAGAUCCUCUUGGUCGCGGAGUCGGAAAAACCGAGCCGCAUGGACGUUGUCGCGUACCAAUUAGUCGACGGUGACAAGCAGAAGUCAGCCAGUAUUUUGACUCUCCAGAAGCCAGGAUAUGGCCUUCAAAUCCUUGAGACCAGUGACGACGGCCAGGUCAUUGUGGGGGCAUUCCAGGAUCGACUGUUCCUAGCAACUGCCUCUGCAACCACCGCUGAGAAUCUUGACCAACUGCGAUACGAAACGUUCUCCUUCGAUUCUCCUGACCUCAUCACAUCCAUCGACAUGAGACUACAUCCACGGUUCUCAGGGAACAAGAAAGGCCACGUGGGGACAGAUACAGCUGUUGAUGUCAUUAUCGGCGGUGCUAGGGGAGGCAUUUAUGUUUACCGGGAUGCUUUGUCCCAUGUCAUGUCUGCUGGAAAGGCCCAAUUUGUAAAGGAUGGAAUUCAAGUACAGAAGUACCACUGGCACCGUAAAGCCGUCCAUGCAGUAAAGUGGUCAGCAGAUGGGAACUAUUUCAUAUCUGGCGGUUCUGAGAAUGUUCUCGUUAUUUGGCAGGUUGACACAUCGAGGAAAGACUUUCUACCUCAUCUGUCUGGGAGCGUUGAGAACAUUGUGGUCUCACAUACUGGCUCCUCCUACGUUGUCCACUUGGAUGAUAACUCGGCAAUGAUCUUGUCCACUGCUGAAAUGAAGCCUACUGCUUACAUUGCCGGAAUUCAGUCAGCGGCUGUCGACGUUUCAGAACCAAAGGACCUACUUGUUCGACGGGUGUGGAACAUAUCAGAACACUCACGACGACCCAUCCCUGCUGCUAUUAGGCCUUCAGAACCAUCAAAAUUCUACGUUUGCGUUGGCAACGGCCGCCAGGAGACCUUGUCAGGAAACCUCUCCAUGCCGUUGAUGCAGUCUUUUGAUUUGGAGUCAUUUACUAGCAUUUCGAAGCAAGCGCUGGCACGAACACAACCCACAGAUGUUAAUCUCAGCAGCAGAGGACACCCAAUUGACGAGCCGAUUGUUACAAACAUUGCAUUCUCCGGAGACGGAAAGUGGCUUGCUAGCAUUGACGAGUGGAAACCUGCGCCCAGAGACGUGGAAAACAUCUCUCCAGACCUGAGAGUUCAGUUCAUGCGCGAGAGGCACGAGAUUUACCUCAAAUUUUGGCAAGUUCGAGAUGGUGCUGAGUCGAUGGAUUUGGUGUCCAGAAUCAACGCGCCUCAUUCUACCACCUGCCCAGAAUCAGUCCUAGACUUGGCAUCUGAUCCUACGUCAAACUGCUUCGCAACCGUCGGAACUGACGGGAUUAUACGUCUGUGGAGACCGAGACCUCGGCAGCAGAACGGGGUCGCUUUGAAGGACGCGACCGGUCAGGAUGCUGUGUCUUGGGGCUGCGUUCAAGUCAUUGGUGUCGGCGACGGCACUGGAAUCGAAAAUGGCACAGACUUUACGGAUCCAACCCAGCAUGUUGAGGUCCAGGGCAGAGUUGUCUUUUCAGAAGACGGCUCCACGUUGUUUGUCGCUUUCGGGGCCGUUGACUCCGGGGCCAUAUACGUGGUUGACGUCGCGUCUGGGCAAAUAGUCAAGACCCUUGAGGGGCUGUGGGAUGGCAGACUUCAAUCUCUUCAGGCCCUAGGUUCUUUCAUUAUCGUCUUGUCCAACGACCUGAGGGUGUAUGACGUCGUUGGCGACGGGCUACAAUAUGGAAUUGUAGUGCCCAAGCUUUACGGAGUCAAUGAGCUGCAUCAACUUGCCGUUGACCAUACCUCGGGCCGCUUUGCUGUCACGCUCCCUAUCGGUGGUGCAUCGAGCAUUGGUGUCUUCGACCCGGAAGAUCCAGAGCCUUUGCUCGUUAGGAGCACGCCGCAUAGAAUUGUGAGCCUUGUGUCGGCCCCGGGGGCAAGUGGAUUCAUUGCACUUGACGACGCGGCCCAGGUCUGGGUAAUUGCCGAAGGCUCUGACCCGUCGUCUAUUGCAACGGUUCAGCCACUACAAGAUCUCCAACUGGACGGCUGCUCCGGGGCUGUCGCCACAGACACGACGACCGCAGAAGUACUCGAGACAGAUGAAACGGACGCUGCCAGCGAAGAUGACACGGACGACGCCAAAGAGGCAGACGACGACGUUGACAUGGGCGACGACGAUGAAGACGAUGCUUACGGCAGUGUCAUACCUCAGCAGUCGUUGACGGAAAUCUUUGACGCGGCACCCGCAUUUGCCGCCCCAUCUAUCGAGGACAUGUUCUACAAGGUGACGGGGCUUUUGGCCAGAAAGCCUGUUGCCGAGCAAUGA